AUGGAUAAAGAGAAAGAAUCUGCUUUUGGUGAUUUUAAACUGAAUGAAAGCAACAAACUAAGGCAUCGUAUGAGGUAUUCAACUUUGUAUGACUUUCCAUUGUCUACUUUACAAAGAAAUUUAUCAGGAAAUAAUAUUUAUGAUUUAUCUAUUUCAGUAAGGAAAAUGAUGAUGAAGUCUUUUUAUAGUCGUCCACAAGAUCAGUUUUUAAUUGAAAAUGAUGGUGUUUUGAAUAUUCCAUUUGCUGUUUCGUUUUCAAAUAAUUAUUCUUUUUUUUGUGUAGCAGAUGAACUAGGAUAUGUUUAUUUGAUUGAUAGUACGAAGAAAGAUAUACCAAUUAAUAAUUCUUUAAAGUUAAAAUGUCAUGAUAAUGCUAUAUUUGAUAUUUCUUGGUCUUAUGAUGAUAAACUUCUGGCGUCAUCAUCUGGUGAUCAAACAGCACGUGUACUUGAUGUAUCUACUCAAAAGUUUGUUGCAAUUCUUUCAGGAUGUGCUUCCAGUACUUUGAAGCAAGUGUCCUUUCAAAAAAAUGAUCCUAAUAUCUUGGCAACAUGUUCUCGUAAUGGGAAGAUAUUGAUUUGGGAUCUUCGAUCUUGUAGUUUUAAACCUUCUUCAGAAUCAAUACAAACCCCAGUAGUUUCUAUUUCAAAUGCGCAUGGGAAAAUAAAACAUCAUUCUAGAAGAUCCAAGUUAUCUCCUAUAAGUAAUUCUGUAACAUCUAUACAAUGGCUUCAUAGAAAGAAUCUUUUAGCCAGUGCAUGCGAUGCUAAUAGUUUGAUUAGUAUUUGGGAUAUCCGAUUCUGCUCUCAGAAAUUUAUAAAACUUUAUGAAUCAAAACCUGCAAUUAGCAUAAGAAGUAAGAGAGAUUAUGGAAUUACGUCACUUGCUAUGCCAUCGUCUGGAUCGACAUUUUACGGACUUAGUAAGGAUAAUUAUAUAUAUGCAUAUUCUUCAAUACUUCCCGAGGAACCUAUUGGUAGUUUUACGCAUCCACAACUUGUAGUAAAGUCUUUUUUUGUUAAGAUUUCAUGUUCAAGAGAUGGUGAAUUUGUAGGAUGUGGAAGUACCAAUAGUAAGGUUAUAAUAGCAGACACAGCUAGUAUGACACAGAAUAAAAAUGUUGGUAUUGCAUUAGUAGCUGGUUGUGAGAAAGAAAUUACUGGUAUAUCAUGGAGUUAUGAUGAUUGUCUUGCAAGUAUUAGUGAUGAUGCAAGUUGUAGAAUUUGGAGACAAAGUCAAAAUAAUGAAGCAAAAACUAUUAAAAAUUGGAAUGAAGGGAAACGUUGGAGAUGGGGAUGGUCUGAAUAG